AAUCAUGCUGUGUCGCCUGCCGUGUAUUCAAAACUUUUACAGUACAAAAUAAAUCAUAUUCUAAGCGGAUUUCUAAACUUUUAAGGUUUAAGAAGGAUAAAGAAUUUAAAUUAUUGUUUGAUAUUAAUAAUGAACCCGUCAAACAAACGUAUGAAUGCUAUAAAUGAUCCUCAAAGUUUGAAAAGGGUGAAAAAAGAAUGUACAUAUGGUGAAAAAUGUUACCGACUAAACCCAGCACAUUUUAGGGAAUUCAGCCAUCCCCACUUGGAAGAAAUACUAGACAGUUACAGCGGUAAUGGAGAUUUUGAUAUUCCACAAAAACUGGCACUGCAGAAGAGUCUGAUUAUAGAUCAGUUGAAUAUUAUAAUUGAGAAGCACUUAUACGUAGUAAGAGAGAAUAACGGAAAUAAUAGAGAAUCGGAACAAUCAAGCAGUACAAAGAAAGAAGAAACUAGUAAUUCACAGAUUAAAAAUGGUACUCAAAACGAAGGACAGACUGAAAAAAAAUCGAUUGUCAGUGAUCCACAGAUUAGUAAGGAAGAAGUGAAUAGAACAAAUGUAGAUUGUAUAAGAGAGAAAUCGGCGAUUCAACAAAAUAAAGUGAGAGAUUCCGAUUAUCGUCCAAUCGUACCGCCGACCCGCAGAUAUGAAGACUAUUUCAAAGUUUUCCCGCCAAAAGGCAAGAUGGCGGCGAAACACGACGCGAGCGCCCCCUACCAUAUUUUCUAUACAACUAUUACAGACGCUAAGGAAACUCACUCACAGGCGUAUUCAAUUACGUUUCAAGAAAUCCUCGACUCCAGUCUCGGAGAGCUGAAGUGCUCCCUGCAGAUUAAUUUCAUGGUGGACCCGAGCUGGUUGCUCGCCCAAUAUUACUUCGCUGGCUACAGCGCGAAAAAACUAACGAUACUCUACGGAGAAGACAGUCCCGAUAUGAAGACGUUGAGCAAGAAAAAACCCCACGUGGAAACACAUCUGGUUGCCAUGGCGACGCCGUUCGGUAAACACCACACUAAAAUGAUGGUGCUAUGCUACGAAGAUGGAUCCACACGGGUCGUUAUAUCAACGGCCAAUUUGUACAUCGACGACUGGGAGAACAGAACACAGGGGCUCUGGUUCAGCCCCCGCUGCCCCCAACUGCCCCCAGACGCGAUGCCCCACGAGGGGGAGUCCCCCACGAUGUUCAAGAGGUCGCUGAUACGCUACUUGGCCCACUACCACCUGCCGCAGUUGACAUUCUAUAUGGACAGGAUUAAGAGAUGCGAUUUCUCGCAUAUCAACGUGUUCCUAGUGGCCUCAGCGCCGGGGUCCCACUUCGAUAUGGACUGGGGUCUCACCCGAGUUGGCUCGCUGCUGAGACAGCACUGCCGCGUGCCCCCCGCUGAGAACAGUAGCUGGCCCCUGCUGGCCCAGGCGAGUAGCUUGGGCAGCUAUGGCAAGGAGCCUGGGCUGUGGCUGACGGGCGACUUCCUGCAUCACUUCACGAAGAUCAAGGAUCAUCCGCAGACCCUGUCCCCUCGUGCUGAAUUGAAAUUGAUAUAUCCUUCUUUGGAGAACGUACGACAGUCGCACGACGGUUUGCUCGGCGGCGGUUGCCUGCCGUACGCGGCCGACGCGCAUUCGAAACAGACGUGGCUCAACCAGUUUCUAUACCAGUGGCGCGCCGCAUCGUCUCACCGCAACAAAGCGAUGCCGCAUAUAAAAUCGUACACGCGCGUGUCGCCCGACAACAAAAUGGCCGCCUACUAUUUGCUCACUUCGGGCAACGUGAGCAAAGCGGCCUGGGGCACGAUAAAUAAGGGCAACAGGGCCCUGAGGGUCAUGAGCUACGAGGCUGGUGUGUUGCUGCUGCCCAAGUUUGUGAUAAACGAAGACUUUUUCCCCCUCACCGGAGACGCCAAGAAGAAACUCAUCAUACCGUAUGACAUACCGCCAACAAAGUACACAAGCGAUAUGUCCCCGUGGGUUUCGGAUUAUUUGUAUUGAUUUUAUAAGUGUAAAAUAAAUAAAUG